CAGCACGCAGCUUUGGCGGCACAGAUAAUGUGCUCACAGCUGACCAUGCAACUCAAAACAAGAAUGGCGGAACACAUGUAGCAACGAUACACAGCCAGUUGCUGUUUUAUGACUUUUUGUUAUUUAUUUGUGCAUUCAGCCUAGCAGUGUCGGGAACUUUGGACAAGUAUAUUAAUCCAUGAUUAUCGAAAGAAGGCACCACGAAAAUAGUCGUUAUUUAGCGUGCUUCUUGCGAGGAAGAAACGAGAACUGCGUGCUAGCCACAGCUAGUUAGCAAACGUUUUGAAAAUAAACAUCCGCUGAUGAUUGUGGUAGAACUUGAGGAGUAUGUUCGCUCUUUAGCUAAAUACUAAACCUGGCCAUAACAGUCCAGGCCAGGGUGUAUCGUAAACUGGGCCAUUACUCUAUUUGUUUAUCAAAACAACCACAGAGCAACUGUGUAACCAACUUGCAACAACUAUACGGCGAUGGGUCUGGUGAACUUAGUAUUCAGCACUGUAUCAAAAUGUAUCGAAGUCAUAGGCUUUCUGCUGGACCUCAACUUCGUCAUCGUUCAUUCCUUAAUCCGCCUUGUUGUGGCAUGUAUUGCCUUCGUGAACAACCUUCCGAUGUUGCUGGCCAAUUUAGUGGUGGAAUGCUGCCAGUUUGUCCUCUCCUGUUUGGUGUAUCUGGCGGAGAGUGCGGCAGUCCUGGCCCAAGGAGCGGUCAGCAUGUUGGGGAGUAUGCUGGAGAGCCUGAAGAUGAUGGGUCAUCUAUCGUCUCACGUCUGCCUGCGCGGGAGAGCGCUGCUGCAGCGCGGAGCGUUGUCCGUGUGUGACGGUUGCGGCAUCGCGGUCAAUCUAGCGGUGUACCUGGUCAACAGCGUGGUCAACAUGUUUCUCAUUGGCAGUCAGAACGUGUACUACGGGGCGGUCAGCGUGUGGCAGGCCGUGUCCAGCCCCCUGCAGAAAGUUCUGGAACUGGGCAUGACUCUCUUAGCCUUCCUGUACAGCAGCCUGUCUGGCACGACCAUGUUGCUGUGGACUCCCUGCAGCCUGGCAUUGGAGUACCUGUUCUUGCUGGCUCACUUCCUCAUCAGCACCUUCAUCCUCAAUGUCUACGGCCUCCUACUCACAGCCUUCAUCGCCCUGGCUACUACCCUCUACCUCCACCCAGAGAUGACCCACCGCGGAGCCCAAACAGCAGCCAUCUACCUCAACUCUAUCCCCAUGCUUAGAGGCCUACCUGGGUCCCUCCGGCGUCUUCAGAGGGCAGUGGCUCAGGUUCCUGGAGCCCUGCGCCUUCUACAGAGGGUGCUCCUGGAUAUGUACUGGCAGGAGAGAGACCGAUGGGAGAGGCUGUCCAGGCAAGGCAGUAGGCUGGGGCAGAGCUUGGGGUCAAGGCUGAGGCAGAGCUUGGGGUCAAGGCUGAGGCAGGGGUUGGCCCACAGGGACCGCAGGAUAGGGGGGGACGGGGACCAAGGACAGGGGGGCGCCGAGGAAGCAGAGCAGCGGGCCCCCCCAGACGGCAGGGCUGCAGGGGGGCCGCCUCGGGAGCACCCCGGUCCCCGUCACCAACAGGACUACCCCAGCUCCAGCAGUGACAGACCCUUGUGGAAGCUCUCAGGGCCUGGGGGGACUGCUAUGGCAGGCCCAGGCUCGGCAGAUGGCCUGCUGAGCUUGCUGAAGGAGCAGGAGGAGAGGAAGAAGUGUGUGAUCUGCCAGGACUGCAGCAAGACGGUGGUGCUGCUGCCCUGUCGGCACCUGUGUCUGUGUAAAGACUGCACCUGCAUCCUGCUCAGACAACCCAUCUACCUGCAGAACUGUCCUCUCUGCAGACACAUGAUCCUCAACACCAUGGAUGUUUAUAUGUGAGGCGGACGGACCAACAUCUUAAAUUUGUGAGGAGGAGAGACCAACAUCAUAGAUCUGUCAGGAGGAGAGACCAACAUAGAUCUGUGAGGAGGAGAGACCAACAACAUAGACGUCUGUGAGAACAUGAAGGCUUUUUAAGAUCACCUUGGAGAUCUAUCUGUGACAACUAGAUCAACAACAAGGAGGUCUGUGAAAGACUGCAGACCAAAGUCAUGGAGGUCCAUAUACUCCACAGCAGACUGGAGUCCAACACCUUCUGUGAGAACAGACAGGUCAACGUGAGAGAGACCAAUGAACAACAUGUGGAACUAACUGUGAAAGAGUCAUUUUAGACACUUUUUAAACAGUGCAUUAAAGGGACCAGAGCGAUACAAAUUAAUAUUUUUUUCUGUUAGCAACUGGACCAACCCUAUUGAUGAGCAAUGGUCUGUAAAAGACAAUGAAUAUCACUGUGUAUCCAGGAGAGACUAAUGAGACUAAAACAGACUAAAUAAAAUCUAGAACACAGCCAGGUAGAAUCUAGACCACAGCCAGAUAAUACAUAAUCUAGAUUUAGUCGGUCUAUGCUAUCUGCAUGAUCCUGUCAGAUGGACAGCUGUAGUCCACUAUGCUGAUUUGGUAACCUGUGCCUGAACAAUCCUAUCACACGACACACCCAUAACACGGUGCUGGAGAACACUAAUACAGCCAUCCGAAACAUUCAUCCAGUAGUGUAUCUGUGGUGACUGCACACCGCAGCUUUGAUCUAUUAUGUUCAGAGGAAAUCCACCAGGGAUGCGAGUGUUGAACAACCUGCUGUAUGUUUAAAGAUAAAAGGCAGCUGACUGUUUCUGUGAGCUGAAUGGGUUUUGAAUCCUACCAAAGGGACGUCAAACCUAGUCUUAAGGCUAAUGUAUGCUUGGCAAUACUUUGAGAAAUAUUGGUAAUGACUGUAUUGUAAACUUUGUUAUUUCUUGCAGCACAGAAUGUUGCUGUAAACAGGCAUGACCACCAAUACAGGAAUACAGGACCACUUGUAAAGCCAAAUGGGGUUCUGUGGUAUUGAGAAUUCUAUCCCAUAAUAAAAGAUGACAGCCUCAUGA